UGUGCGGGGAGUUGUGCAUACAGUGUGAGUCGCUCGAACGCGCGAAGCUCGGGGCCUCAUCAGACAGGGCAAGAGCAUGCACACAUCAAAACAUCCACAUCCAUCCAGACUCGUCGCGUUUGCAACUGCCCUCUGUCCAUAUUCGCUCCUUUCUCUUCUCCUGUGUUUGACCAUCCGUCCUCAGCUAAUCUACCAGCCUGCUCUCUCUUGUUCCUUCGACUGCGCUGC